AUGAACAUUCACGACGCCCUUUUCCCUCCUUCCGCCUCGCCUGCUGGGUCUCGCGACGCCUUUUCACCCGCUGCCUUUAAGAACCUCGAGAUGACGGCCGUUGCGCUCCUGACCAAGUUUCAAAAUGCAUACGAAUCGCAGAGCGCCGCAUUGCGGGAAAUGGAAGUCGAGCGUGACACUCAAGCCGAGGAGGCUGAGGAGGCCGACACGCGAACCAAGCACCUCAAGCUACAGCUCGAGAACAUGGCGCUCCAGGCCGUCGAGCGCGAGAAGGAAAUGCAGGCCCUCAUGGCCGCCCUUGAGCGCGAGAAGGCCGCGAACCGCAGCGGCCUAGCGUCCGACAGCGCCACCAUCACGUCGGAGGACCUCGGCGCCGAAGACGACCAGAAGCGCCGCCUCUGGCGCAAGAGCAUCACUGAGGACACGGACGAGGAGAGCGUUGGCGACGCGCCCAGCGUCUUCUCGCGGUCGAGGAGUCCCACCCUCGCCGCCCACCCGCUGGGCCUGGAUGCCCAGCAGUCCUCGCACAGGAAUGCCUCUUCACGCAACUCGAUGCAGUCGCAGCCGCAGAUCAGCGCCUUCCAGAAGCUGAUGAGAGGGUUCGGCGAUGCGGCGGCCGGCCAGGCUGGCGCUGCGUGCCAGAGGUGUCAGGGGCAGGACGAGCGUGCUGCGUGGGACACGGCGAGCCUGCUCAGGGACGAGAACCGGGGCCUGAAGAUUAGGGUUGCCGAGCUCGAGACGUGCGUGGACGCGGCCUUGGAUGCCGUGCACGGGAUUCGUUUGUAA